AUGAGCCUUAAUGCAGCUAAGGUUGCGCCAGAGGCGGCGCCCGGGCGGGAGGCGGGGCAGGAACCGGGGCCCGUAGCGCAGGGGCCGGAGGCGGGGCCGGGGCCGGACUCGGAGAGCUGGCCGCAGCCGCCGGCAGGGCCCGGCUCCGAGCCUCUCCCGGCUGCAGAGCCCGAGCCGGAGCCGGUCUCGGCGUCGGGUCCGGGACAGGAGCUCGAGCUGGGCUGGGCUGCGGGGCAGCGCGCAGGGGCCCCGCCGGAGUCGCAGCCUCUGCCGGCGUCGGAGUCUGAGAACGGAGUGUCCGAGAGGCCCCGCUGCCACACCGCCUGCCUGGAGGUGCCGCUCUCCCGGGCCUUCCGGCGGCUGGGAUGGGAGGUGGGCUCGCACCCCUGGAUCUUCUUUCUGCUGCCCAUGGUUUUAACGGCCGUCCUCGGCGCUGGCCUGAUUCACCUGCCCAAGGAAGAAGAAGACGUCGAGGAGCAGUACACCCCGAUAGGGAGCCCCGCCAAGGCUGAGCGACGCUUCGUGCAGGGACAUUUCACCGCCAACGACUCCAAUCUCUUCUCCAUCGCCAGGAAGAGCACCGGGGUCAAUUAUGCUUCCAUUCUAGUGGUCUCCAACACCAACUCGCUGCUGGAACAAGAAAUCUUAUCAGAAAUUAGUGAAGUGGACGACGCGGUUCAGGCUUUGACUGUGACACAGGCAAACGGAACCCAGAUCCUCUACAAUGAGGUGUACUCGAAGAACCAGGGCUACUGUGUACCCUUCCACCCACUCUUGUUCGCCUGGAAAACGAACAGUGUCCUCAACCUGAAAAACAUCACCUUCCCCAUCUACAGCCUAGCCGGCCAGGUCGUGUACCUGGCCAACAUCCUUGGAGGAACUGUGUUAGGCGAGAGCAUGGGACUGAGCCAGUUACUCCUGGAGGCCAAAGCCAUGCGGCUGCAGUACUACCUGAAGACUGGCGAAGGAGAGGACAGCGAACGCAGCAAGGCGUGGCUGAUCCACUUCCUGAACCAAGUUGGCAACCUUGAAAAGAGUCUGGCCUUGAAGAAGAUCCAGAUGGUCUACUUUACAUCACUUUCUAGACAACUGGAAUUUGAGCCAACUUCUAUGACAGUGAUCCCCUUGUUUCACUUGGCAUACCUUCUAAUCAUAUUAUUUGCAAUCACAUCAUGCUACAGGUGUGACUGUAUACGAAACAAAAUGUGGGUUGCAGCCUUUGGAGUGAUUUCUGCUGCCUUGGCAGUGGUGAGUGGCUUUGGCCUGAUGUUGUACAUUGGGGUGCCAUUUGUGAUCAUAGUUGCAAAUUCACCAUUUCUUAUUCUAGGUGAGUAAAACAAAACGUGAGGCU